AUCAGUAUACGUGGCAUACAGCGGUUGCAGUACCAUGUAGGGGGCCUCUGUGUUGCUCGUCAAAUCGCGGGGCAUUGUGGGGCGGAGGCGGCCUUUCUCUGCGUCUCGGCGGUCGGGAAAUCUUCAAGUAAAUAACGUUAACAGGGGGAGGAAACAGUACGAGCGCAGUCUGCGAAAAAAAAUCCAACACAUUGAAACUGUGUUGCGCUUAGCCUUAAUUCUAAAAAAAAACCCUAGUAUUAUACAAAUAUGGGACAGGAGGAUCUCAUGAACACAGCCGAAGACGUGGCAGACCAGUUUCUGCGGGUAACCAAACAGUACCUGCCCCACCUGGCGCGUUUGUGUCUCAUCAGCACCUUCCUGGAAGACGGCAUCCGCAUGUGGUUCCAGUGGAACGAGCAGAGAGACUAUAUCGAGGCUACCUGGAACUGUGGCUACUUCCUGGCUACGUGUUUCGUGCUGCUUAACCUCAUAGGACAACUGGGUGGUUGUGUCCUCAUCCUCAGUAGAAAUUUUGUACAAUAUGCCUGCUUUGGGCUAUUUGGCAUUAUAGCACUACAGACUGUUGCAUACAGCAUUUUAUGGGACCUCAAGUUUUUGAUGAGAAACCUCGCCCUGGGAGGUGGUCUGCUCCUGCUACUGGCCGAGUCCCGUUCUGAAGGAAAGAGCAUGUUUGCUGGAGUCCCCUCCAUGGGAGAGAGCUCGCCAAAGCAGUACAUGCAGCUUGGCGGUCGAGUACUGCUCGUGCUGAUGUUCAUGACUCUGCUGCACUUUGACUCCAGCUUCUUCUCUAUCCUGCAGAACAUGGUUGGGACUGCCCUCAUCAUCCUGGUGGCCAUUGGCUUCAAAACCAAGCUGGCGGCGUUGACUCUUGUCUUGUGGCUCCUGGUUAUCAAUGUCUACUUCAACGCUUUCUGGACCAUCCCUGCCUAUAAGCCAAUGCACGACUUCCUCAAGUACGACUUCUUCCAGACCACCUCGGUCAUCGGCGGUCUGCUGUUGGUGGUUGCACUUGGACCUGGCGGAGUGUCCAUGGACGAGAAAAAGAAGGAGUGGUAGGCAAAGAGGGGGUAAGAUAAGAGGACUGCAUAGCACCACUGACUUCCCCCACAGACCGGGACACAAAGACCCUCCUCCUCCUCCUCCUCCUCCGGUCCCCGCCCCCACCAGGGUACACUUUUUUUUUCCUAGCUUUUUUUUUUUAAUUUGGCCAAAUCCACAGACUCCACCUCACCCAGCUAUGGACAUUUUUUCUAUUAUCCUCCGAACUUCUAUUUUUGUUUUUUGUUUGUUUUUUUUAAGUUGAGCAUCCAAAAUGACAGAUUGUUCCUUGACCCUUCUUGUAGAUCUCGUUUUUUUUCCAUG